AUGGCAGACAAUAUCAGCAUGUUGCCUGAUGAUGUCGCGUGUCGCAUUCUCUCUUUUCUUCCAACUCAAGAUGUGGUUGCAACAUCUCUUCUUGCAAAGAGAUGGCUGCGACUAUGGCUCUCAGUUCCUAGCCUCUACUUUGACGACCGAAGCUUUCUCACAAACAAAAAACCCUAUGAUCGCUUUAAGAAGUUCAUAUAUGCUAUCAUUUUCACCAGAGGUGCGCAUCGACCCCUUAAAAGUUUUUUUCUCCAAUGCAGGUCCUCCAAAUUUGACAUUUCUGAAUCAGAUCUCAACAUAUGGGUUGAGCUUGUAAUAAAAUUUAAACUUGAGGACCUCCAAAUCAAGUUGCGCGUGAUUUCUGAGCUGAAUUUGAGGAGCCACCGCAUUUUCACCUGUAAUAGUUUGGUUAUUCUCAAGUUGGCGGGGUUAAAGCUGGAUGUAUUUUCUUCUGUUGACCUUCCCUUACUCAAAACUAUAUAUUUGGAUGAUAUUAUCUUUCCUGGAUGGCAAUAUGUUGUCCAACUUCUUUCUGGGUGUCCAAUUGUUGAGAAUAUGCAUGUGAAGUUCAUAGGAUCCUUGGAUGACCCUCCUUAUAGUAAUGAGAAUUUUAAGAUCUUAUCUAAGUUGGUCAGAGCAGAUAUACGUGAAGUGGUUGAAGAUAUUCCUUUGAAAGCAAUUUGUAACGUAGAAUUUCUUCGCAUUGACAAGUACACUGAUGACGUUCCAUUUUUUCCUAAUCUAACUCAUUUGGAGCUCAUAUGUGGGUGUGGUAUGAACUGGAAUAUGGUACUUGAAAUGCUCAAGAAGUGUCCUAAGCUUCAAACUUUUGUCAUUAAUUUGAGGACAUGUUAUACUAGUGCGGUUUGGACCCUCCCCAAUUUCGUUCCAGAAUGCCUGUCUUCACAGCUUAGGAAGUUUUCUAUUAAAUGUUGUAAAGGCACAGAAGGUGAACUGCAUUUUGUUAAAUAUAUUAUGCAGAAUGCACGGGUUUUAGGGGCGAUGACAAUAGGCAUUUGGUAUUCCAUAAGAAUAGAGCGCAAAUUUGAAAUACUACAAGAAUUGUCCUUAUGCCCGAGGAGCUCUUUGAUUUGUGAACUUUCAUUUAAAUAA